UCAGCAGCACGAACUGUCGAAGUUUAUUCCCAUCUUUCUUCCUUGGUUUCACAUAUAUCAAUAUAUGCAUAUACAUCAUAUCCAUGAAUAUCCUUUCUAUGCUAAGCGGAAUUCUCGCUACCCCUAUUAGAUGCUAUCCAUAUCCUCAUAUCAUCCUAUGGAAAUCUUCUCGAAAAAAUUCCAGCUGUUACCCUAAAUACGGUCUGGUAAUUAGUGGCUCAAGUCAUUCUGGGCAUAUGACUAUCCAAGCUUCAGGUUUGAAAGACAAUGGAGAGUUAGAAGAUGACGAGAAAGCUGCAAAAGGGUCUGGGACUACGGCCAGAGGAAGAAGGUUGUUGAGGGUUCGGGAGGAGAAGAGGAAACGAGAAUAUGAUCGUCUUCACAACUAUCCUUCUUGGGCCAAGGUGUUGGAAGAGGCCUGCCAGCAUGACACAGAGCUUAGAUCCGUUCUGGGGGAUAGUAUUGGAAACCCUGAGCUUAUGAGGAAAAGGGUUGAAGAAAGGGUUCGAACCAAGGGACGAGAUUUUCAAAAGUCUAAAACUGGAUCUGUCCUUGCAUUUAAAGUCAGCUUUAGAGAUUUCAAUCCACUUGAUUCGUACAUAUGGUUUCAGCUAUACGGAGCACCAUCUGAUCGGGAAGUUGAUCUUUUUGGCAGUGUUGUUCAGGCAUGGUAUGUCAUGGGUCGUUUAGGUGCCUUCAACUCAUCUAAUUUGCAGGUGGCCAAUUCAUUCAUGGUCAACACCAAUCCUCUCUACGAUGCAGAUGUUGGGUUCAAGGUGAUGCCAUCGUCUUUUCAUGAUAUUAGCAAUGUCGAGUUCCAGGACAAUUGGGGUAGAAUUUGAUGCAUAACAGGGUAGAUCUUGGAACGUCGGAUUUCUUUUCAAUCGACGUGCUUCUCAACUGCUUGACAGUGUUGAGCUCAGAAUACUUAGGCAUUCAGCAGGUAGUGUUUGGUGGUCGCCGCAUGGGCGAUUGGGAAGAAGGGAUGACAGACCCUCAAGAUGGAUACAAGUACUUCAAAAUCUGAUAAUGGUGGAGAAGAAGAAGAAGAAGAAGGAAGAGCUUCAUACUGCCCAAUCCACACACAUCCCUUUUCCUACUGACUUAUAUGAGAUAUCAUAUCAUGAAUUGUAAAGAUUGGAAAAUCGGUUUCACUAAGAUUAUAAUGCCUCCAACACCAUGUAAAUCUUUGUGAACCCACCGAGUUAAAGCAGGAAGAUCUAGUGAUGCCAAAGGAUCGGCAACAUAAAUUCCGGCUAACAUAUGUCUGCACCAUGAAUCUUACCUCAAUAUCUACUUGUAGCCAACAUCUUCUUUUUCCGGAGAGAUUUAAAGCCAAUGAAAAGAAAGAAGAGAAUUGAAAUUGAAGAUGGAAGCGUGCGGGUUGACCAAGAAAAGGACAAACGAAGAAGAAGAUUGAGAGUUGAGACAGAAGCAUCCGGGUUGACCAAUGCACGAACCAAGAAAGAAGAAAAUGAAAAGAAAACAGAAAAAACUGAAAGUUAAACAAAGUAAAAUCAAACAGAAAAAAAUGCCACAUAAGGGAAUCACCUGCUAAAUCAGGUCACCUACAGGUUAAUCGGUGUAAAUGACUGCUUUUUACUUGUAGGAACAUGAAUAUGACACUCAUUUAAGUAUAAGGAUCUGAGUGAUUUUAAAGACAGUUAAAGGGCUUAUUAAACCAUUUUCUGUGAUAGUUAAAUUGCGAUCAACUUCACAGUAGUGUUACCCCAUUUAUUAAAUCGAG